GCGAGAGAGUAGUACACGGGCUUCCGGUGUUCUGUUUGUGUACUGGAAGAAAGCGAACAUACCGUUGUUCCCUCAGCCGGACGAUUUGUCAUAUUAUCGAGACGCUUUACAGAUCAUUUACACAAAGGUAAGUUUUACAACAACCCUUUGCUUGAUAUAUUCUCCGUCAGUCGCUUCUAAAUAGCAGUUUUAGGGCGUCAAAUGUCACAUUGACGUCGACGAAAGAGGGCCGAUGGACAUUUGCUAACCCCGUUAGCCUCAAGCUAACGUGAAUGUUGCAGUCCUUGAUUGUUUCAUAGCAACUCGAGCGGAUUUCCUUUACAUUUUAGUAGAUACUGCCUCUUACAUGUACUAUAAUCCCGAGAGGCUGUUUGAAUGUUAAAAAUAAAGAUGUUUCCCAUGUAUCGUAGCUUGCUAACAUAAUACCCUUAGUUUUCGUGCUAACACACCUGGCCAUUGAAAAAAAUGUUCUUUAUUGACAACCAUAGAUGUCGGACGACUUGAUGAAACAGUUAAGCAAUUACAAAGCCCAGCUCCAACAAGUGGAAGUCGCUUUAUCUACCGACCCGGACAAUGAAGAUCUCCUCAAACUCCAGAAAGACUUACAGGUUAGUAUGUUCAUGUCAUUAACAUGUCACAAUGUUUGUAAUCAGAGAGAAAAGAUAACUGGGAAUCACAUUUCUUGUUUGUGUUUACAUACCUGCUGAAUAACGAUGAGAUGUAUGUCUAAGAACUGUGUUUUGUGUUUGCACAUUGGUAACCUGUGGUUAGAAAUAUAAACUCAUUGAUAUUAAAUACUAUUACACAAAACAGUAUUUUAUGCUGUUUGAAGAAAAUUUACUAAAUACUUAAGUUAUCUGCUCACCAUAGUGGGAACUAGGGCUGGGCGUGAUGGACCAAAAGUCAUAUCCUGAUAUAUUUAGGCUGAAUAUCGAUAUACGAUAUAUCCUGAUAUUAUUAUUGCAAAGUGAGAGCUAAUGUUUAGUCAUAGUCAAGGUCUUUACACACCGUGACCAACGCAAAUAUACGACGCGAAAUUACAAAAUGUUCGGAAGAGAAUUUUGACGCGCCUGACUAUACACAUCAAGACCUAAUGGUGCUGUGACAGCAACGCGAUUGAGUUUGAGACAGUGAAAAUACAUAUGGUAUGUUGUAUCUGAACAGGUUAGCGUACGAGCUAAGAUUACUUAGCACAGAUGAAAGUUAAAACAAAGACGUUUAGCAAACGAUGAAAGCACACAAACUAUCCUUCAUUAUGUUAUCUUUGUAAUGAUUGUGUCUUUUGUCAUAAAGCACUCUGUUCUCCGACACGUAAACAAUCAGCCGGUCGGCCAUGUUGGAUAUACCGGUGAAUCAGACGUUGCAACAACACGAAAUCUGAUUGGUCAGAAGUGGACACACAGUAUGUGAAACUUAAGAAAAAUCGACCGUUAUACGGAAAAAUAAAUGUCGCAAUAUCGCAGGACGGGAAAACGCUUGUAUGAUAGAAUACAGGUUCGAAAAAAAAGUUUACGUCUGAAAUAAUCGCACAAUGAAAACGCUCCCAGUGUGAAAGGACCUUCAAAGCCAAAUGUGACAUGUCACAAGUAGUUCUCUUGAAACUAGGUCGAUGAAAUUAUGCUCAGCUGUUCAAAGAACAAUAAAAUGUCAACAUAGAUACUUUAAAACCACAGGAAUACCUUCUUUUUUUUUCAAAUUGAAACGCUGCAUAAGGUGCACAUUUAAAUAAAAAAUAUAUCCUGAAAUAAAAAUAGCCCAUAAAGUAAAACAGGCCAAUCUUGUUCGGAAAUAAAUGUGUUUAUAUGAGAAAAGCAUCAACAUUUGACAACUAUAAAUGGUCUAUUAAAAUCAAAUAGCAGAUUUUCUUCUCCUCUCUAACAAAUCCAGAGAUGCAAACAACAAACACUACUAUAGAAUUAAAUACGACAAACCCUAGUAAGGGCAGUAUUUACAUGUAUAAAGACAGAACAGAAUAAAGUGCACAGUUUAAGAAAAUUGUUUUUUAACAUCAUUUUGAGAUUAUCCAUCUGUCUUUCUUAUCUUCUUAACAGUCUCAACCAGUUGCACAAACAUUUCCCCCUCUUUCUUUUUUACUUUUAUAAACCUUGAUAAACAGAUUGCGCUGUCUUAAGGUGGACAUUAAAGGACAGACAAGUGUGUCUUUCUUUGUUUAAAGAUUUUGUGUGAGGAACACUAGCCUGUCAACAACAGCAUCUGAUAUCUGUAUAUUAAUAUAUGCGAUUAUGGUCCAGUUCCAUAUCUCAUUUAAAAAUAUAUUGAUUUAUUUCUUAUAUUGAUAUAUCGCCCAGUCCUAGUUGGAACCAAUGAAUUGCAAGUGUUCAAUUUGUGUUUUCCAAGUAACGUCAAACUUCAUGUCAGUGGUGCAGCUCAUGCUCCCCAAUUACUUGACGUGUGUUUGAUUUUAUAAAUGUAACCCAUUCCCUUUUUGUGCUGUUCACUCAAAUAGUUCAGGAGGACUCUUUUCUAUCAUUCAUGUGCAUCUGACCCACCUGUUGACUGUGUUUCUUCCAUAGGAAGUCAUUGACUUAACAAAAGAUCUCUUGACUUCUCAACCCGCUGAAAGUGCGUCAAGCACUACUGGCUCAGACACAGUUCCCGUAAAGCUUGGCUGGAAAGUUGGGGACAAGUGUAUGGCUGCGUGGAGUCAGGAUGGACAGUGAGUAUCAUCACCCUCCUCUCUUCAAAGCAUGUUAUAAAGUGCCAGUUGAAUUUAAUAUCUGUGUUAGAUGGAAACUGAUAUGGAUUGAGCUCUGACAGUCAAUCGGUAGUUAAGAUGGAAAAUAAGUUAAUAAAGUCACUUUUUGCAAAAGCAUCGUUUGAAUGAAUACAUGUAAACCGAGAAAGGCAAUUGGUGUCAUUUGAUCCUGAAAAGAGGACCAGCUGUAAUUUCUGUUUGUUGUAUGUUUUGACCUCAGUCACAACAAAAACAAGUGUUUUUUAAUGUAAAUUAGAACUUUGUAGAGCUUGAGUCUUUGGCUCAUACUCACCUGCUUACAGACGUGAUUCUUUGACAGGGUGUAUGAGGCUGAGAUUGAGGAGAUAGACCGAGACAACAGCACCGCAGCUGUUACCUUCGCUGGUUAUGGGAAUGCGGAAGUGAUUCCUCUUCAGAACCUUAAAGCAGUGGAAGAGGGGAGACGCUCUGACGAGGACGGGGGCAAACCAAAAUCAAGGUAUGAACAAAACUGUCUAUUUAAAAGAGUGUAUACAUGAUCAUUUUUGUAUUCGACACUAACAAGGAAACACUGGAGUUUCUGUUCAUUUUCUUUCUGUGAAUAAUUACAACCAGAUGAUUGUGCAGAUGAUUCCCCUUUCACAAAACUAAGCUCAGUUAAAGCACUAGUGAGGAGAUUUUAGCUGGUUACAAAACAGUCUGAAAUGAAUACAGAUUCCUUUAUGUCACCUACAAAAGAAACAAGGACAUCACGGACAGAUUUGUCACUUUUAUUUUGUCUUAUAAAUGCUCUGAACCACUGCUGUGGGAUAAAAGAGUGAAUGUAGUGAUUAACAACAGCCUGCAAACAAAAACAGCCUUUUCCUUAACAUUAUUUAUUUACACCUUAUUAUUAUCAGGAUCAGUUAUUACAUUGCUUCAGCUGUUUUUCCAUUUUUGUGCAUAAAAGCUAACAUUGAUGUCCGGACUACUCUUCUGUCUACUGCCUUGUAAACAGACAUUUUCUUGUCUCUCCGAAGGUCUUGGUUACUCUCUCUCUGCCUCCUUUUAAAUUGUAUGGCUGCAAUUCUGAGACACCAUCACUACUUAGUAAAGUAAUAUUAGUUAAUACUGCUAACCACGAUUACACCUCUGCUGAAGCACUCUGUUAAACUUACUUGGCCUGGAAAUGAAAUUUAUAAAAGCAAAGAUCAAAACCCUCUCCUAGUAUUGUUGAUCAGUUAAAUUACUUGAUGAAUAUGUUGGUGUCUCUGAUACUGAGAGGGAAAAAAAUGCAUUAAAUGUCUCCAGAAUGGGUUGGAUUCUGCAGUACAGCUGCAUAAUCUUGCAUGCAUCAACACCUUCCUUUACUGGAAAUAUCAGUGCUUGGAAUUAUGAGUCAGCGCAUGAAGUGAGACACCUACUAUGCCUCAUAGGUGUUUUUUUUUUUACCUCGGUGGAAAAUGUAAUACCAGAAUUAAACACAAGUCUGGUAUUUUAUGUGCAUAUACUAAGAAGAAUGAUCGCAUUUGUUUGCACUUAAUGCAACAAAGCCAUCAGUAAAGCUCUUGUCAUGAAGCAGUUCAAUUAAUGACAUUUAAAAGCUAUGUUUAGAUCCUGUCUGUGGUCUUCGGGCUACAUUGAUUUUGCCAUUGAAGUUAUAUAUUUUGAAGGACAUAUUGGUUGAAACUUGAAUGUGGGUAUUUUUUUUUUAACAUUAUGAACAGGAUUUAGUUUGGCUCUUCUGCCUCCUGUCUGUCUUUUAGGAAAGAGCAGAUAGCAGAGCAAAGAGAGUAUAAGAAGAAGAAAGCCCAGAAGAAGGUGCAGAGGAUGAAGGAGUUGGAGCAAGAACGGGAGGAGCAAAAGUCAAAGUGGCAGCAGUUCAACAACAAAGCUUACUCAAAGAACAAGAAAGGACAGGUACGUUCUGUUCUUAUAGACUCUUUUUUUUUUUUUUUUCAAACAGUGCAGCGAAACCUGUUGGUGCAUUGUGGUGACAACAAAAUUGUUCUGUGCUUGUAAUACGUCUAUCCUGUGAGAAGGAACCGUGAAUGAGUGUAUGGUGUGUGUUGACGUUAAAAUAAUAAACUGGUAUUAACUUGUUUUUUCUGUUUUUAGGUAAAGAGAAGCAUAUUUGCGUCACCAGAAAGCGUAAAUGGAAAGGUGGGAGUAGGAACAUGUGGUAUUGCAGACAAGCCCAUGACCCAGUACCAUGACACGUCAAAAUACAACGUUAGACAUCUAAUGCCACAAUGACCUGAUCUAUUAUGUAUAUAAUAAUCCACUGUAUACUAGCUGUAUCGGUGCUUUCCAUUGUGUUGAUACAUGGUUUAAGUUUCUCAAGUAAAGAAAACUUCGAAAGGAAUUGCUUGCAAACCAUUGUUUAAAAUGUUGAUGUAGUUUUCUUAUAUAUUAUGUAGGUACAACAACAUAUAUCCAAAUGAAGGGCAAGUAGCCCUCUUCAGGAACAACCUGUUGUGUGAGAACAGGAAGUGAUGUUGUUGAAAAGCCGUAGAGUGUAUUGUUUGUGUCCAGCUUCCACUGAGGCCAAGUACCUGCUAAGAUGUGUACUAUUAACCAUCUGUAGAUAGGGUGUGUACAUUUCAGGCUGGACUCACAACAGACUCUGAAUAUUUAUAUUGAUGGUGAUUUGAGAUGGCUAAAUUUACAUUUUAUUUUCUGUAUAUAUAUUCAACAGCGAAAUAAACAUUGUUUUGUUUUCAGUUGUUUUUUCAAAUGAAAUUGAUUUUACCUUUUGUUCCUGUUUUUUUUUUUCACAUUAGAGGCAUAUUUAGUCUCCGGCUUUGUCCAGACCUGUAGAUGGCAGUAAAAACUUGUACCACUGUAAGUCCAUCCCUUAUAUAUGCAGCAUGCUGAAAAUGUUCAGACUGAUUUUUCUACUGAAAGUCAAUUAUCUUCAUUUUUUUCACUUUUUCAUGGUAAACAUUUUUAGAUUUUCUUUUUCUUUUCAUCAGUGUUUGCUUCGGUGAAGGAUGGUUAACAACCACCAUACCUUUGUUGAUUUGCUGAACAAAUUUUGUUGAGUUACAAGAAGAAAAAAAAAACGGACAAUGCUGGUUUAUGUCUGGGGUGGAAGAGGUUUAUUGAGAUUUCAGGGACAGUUAUCAGGAACUGUUACAAAGUACUAGCAAGGGACCAGCAGCACAUGUUUUGCAAAAAAGUCACCUCAGAUGGCUGAUUGAGCACAGGAGAAAACAUUCUGGGGUGUGCUUUGACAUACCUUCUUCACACAAGUCUUUUUCAUAGUGCAUUUUAUAGUUUCCCAAAAAAGGUUGGGGGUGAAAAGACCUGUAACAAGGAACUUUGUGCAAGAGUCAUAAACCCAUGUUAAGACACAAUUUGGUGGUAAUUACUUGGGACUUGAACCAGAAAAAUGCAAAUAAAUGUCUUAUUUGGCUUUGAUGGACUUUGACAGGUCAGCAGUGAAAUUCUGUGUCAAAUAUACAUUGAAUAAAACAUGGGAAGUUUAAAUCUUCAAAUUUCAAGGAUUUGAGCUUGUUCUUAUCUGCAACAAUAAAAAAGAAACAGUAUUAAACAUUGAAUUACAAACAAAAAUUGGUAUUCUGUAGUGUUUAUGUUCAUGCUACAGAUAUUUUUAAGACUUGUCAAUCCAAAGCACAUUACACUAUGAUUAGACAAGCUACAUUCAACAAACAUGCACCAUAGCUUUUUUUAAAUGUUAAAAAUCAAUUACAAUCAUUUUUAUUAUUAACUACCGGAGCAAGUUCAAAACUAGCAAACAGCAAUUUGGUGUUGGAAGGACAAAAUAGUGUGCCAAACACAGCCAACAUUUGAGAUAAAACAAAACUAGAUGCGUUAUUGCUUGAGCCUUGUGCUUGGACAAGUGCAGGAUAGCUUAUUUUUAAUAAAUGGAAUUUAUACACAGUGUGAAAGAUUCGUCAUUCUUUCAACAAAACACCAUUUUAAAUGCUUAAAACUUGUAGCAGUGGGGAUUAUUUGGUAAACAUGUUUUUAAAAAUGUGGAGAGAAAAAAACUGCAAAGGUGUUUUUUCAUUCAAGCAUAACCAAGACCUAGCUACAGAAAACUUAAAUAUACCAAAAUAAAUACUAUAACCAUAUGUAAAAUAAAUUAGGACUAAAGUGGACUUCACCUCCUGUUUGGAUACGACUGUUUUUCAGUCAAUAGUUUGGAACGCCACCUUAUUCAUGAUGAUUGUGGCGCCUUAAGCAGAGGUGAUAAAAGUGUAAUAAACGUUUUGGAAUGCAGACAUUGUAGCCCUUGCCACUGACUUGCACACUGACAAGAAGUGCCGUCUGGAUAUAUUAUCCAAAGAAAAAGGGCAAUGUUUUUACAAGGCAAAUGGAGCAAACGUUCCCAAUGGUGAGCUUCUAGCUGGUAUUGGGUGUGUUUGUGUUUUUGCUGGUUUCAGAGGGUUCAAUUGACUAAAGGUUGCAUUUUCCCUUCAGUUUUGGAAACUGGUGCAUUACGAGUCCUCUACAGGAACAGUUUUGAGUGCAGGUACAGUAAAUUCAAGCUGGUAUGGGUUAAGAGGUGUUCAGGUGAUUGGUUUAGUAACCUCUGAAAUGUGGAAACUGUUUAUUGCCAGAGAAGUUAAAUUUGAGGCUUUUGAACUCAGUGUUUCAAAGUGAUGCAAAGGAGCCUGUGGCUCUUGGAAGAAGGAGACAUUUUGAACUUUUAGACUGAGUUGGACUUAAGGCUGGUUUAUGGGUUGGAGUAGACCUUCGAUUUGACUGGUUAAGGAGGGGUUGAGGCUGGUUCUUCUUAAGACAGUUAACUUAAACUGAAGGGGAGAAUGAGGCUGAAGGCUGGUACUUUUUGAAAGGUGAAAGCCAUUGAGACUGCAGCUGGAGUGAAAGUAUAGGCUGGUGGUUUAAGCAGAGAAGGCCAGUUUUAGACUGCAGGUGGAGUAGCCCUCGUCGCUGGCCGAGCUUUGCCGGCUGCUGUGGUCAUCCAGGUCACUUGCACCACUGGUGCUUAUGCUGUCCAUUUCUCCAUGGGAGAACUCAGUGCUUUCCACAUCAACUUCAAUCUCCUCUGCUCAAAAGAAAAACAAGAAAAGUCUUCAGUGAUUUUUAUCAAUCAUGCAACUCAAGACUGAGCUUCUAUUAAUGUUUUUGUUGAUAAUUCUGGAUGAGAACUGAAUGCGCAAAACCAAACAAAACCCUCAGAUGAAUGCUCUGAUGUGCACACUGACCUCUGUCAGACUCUGAGCGGUCAGAGUCCAUGCGAGAGCCAAUGCUGUCCGUACGGACCCGCUCCCUCUCUCCAUGAGUCUGCAGCUGGGCUAGCUGCCUCUGAAGGUGCCUCUGCUCCCUCUCUAAAAUGUCCAGCUGGUGCUGACUCCUUCGGUCUGUCUCUUCAAGUUUCUGUCAAGAGGGAAAAGCAGAAAGGGUAAAUGAGUUGUUUUUAUGAAUAACAUUCACAGAUCUAUCAGUGUUUGUGGGUUCAGUGUGCCACAGUCGGUGUAACUGUAUACUAUCUUAGCCAUAUACUGUUAUAUGUUACUCUUAUGAUGACUCCACUUCUGUAUAUUUACAUUCUAUAUUCAUGGAGUUGGGUUAGCCUCUCUCAUAUGCAGUGAUGUAAAGUUAAUAUGUAGUUGUAGCUGCUGUCAAAUGUGACGCCUCCUGAGCCUUGUGAUACAUUAUUCAACACACACAGACGGCGUGUUGCUGGUGGGAAUUCAUAAGGAAUAGCUGCUGUUUCAGAAUGGGAUGGAUAAAAGUGCAAGAUCUUGUUUUGCAUUUGCUGGAAAUUUUGUAUUUUUGCCUUCUUGGCUCUUUAAGUUCCCCUAAAUUGUCCUUGGAUUUUGGUUCAUGUGUGGUUAAUAGUAGAUAUAAAGCUUGCAGACUGUAGAUUGUUUUCCAAAAUGGCUAGAUCGCAUAAAACUAAAGGUCCAAAGAUGCACUUUGAGCUUAAAAUACAUUUGAAUCCUUUCAUUUUACACCAGUAACAUAAUUUGCCAGUGCCAAAAGUAAAAUAAGAACUCAUACUACUGCAAUACCAAAGUCCUAAAAGUCCAACUGUUCCUAAAUAUAUUCAAUCAGCUACUGCAACUGUUCCAAACAAUUUUCUUGUACAUGUAAAAAAUUUGACAUCUUUUCAUUUCAAUGUGAAUUUUCAAGUAUCCAUUUGUAUGUUUUCCAAUCUCUUUCAGCUCUAAUGCUUCCUGUAUACACUCUCUUAUUCCAAAAAUAAAUCACAGCAGUAUCCAGAAGCCACAUUUCCUGGACCUCAAACAGGGAAGUCCAAAGUCAAACGCUGACAUUACGGGGUGUAUUACCCAUAACCCCACACUGUGACAAACUCCCACAGACUUUUGCUAGGCUUGUUGCAGCCCUCAUUUAUCCACUUGCUCCCCACCACUGAAGCACUGAACAGAUCAUCUCUUUGGGCUCUGACUGCAGCCAUCAGGGAAGCUUCAGUGUUGAGUUCUAGAUGCUCUGAUGCUACAAAAUAUUUUUUGGAUCAUCAGUUUCAGAGUCCCUUAAAGGUCACAAAGUAGUCUGUUCAGAUUGGUAAAUCUAAUAGUGCGACAGAUCCGGGGCUCAAAGGGAUUCGGUAACAUUAAGAGUCAUUUCAAAGAUGCAAGUUCUCCAUUAAAGACAUACUAGGGCUCAGAAUACCACAAAAAGGCAAGGAGACUAAGAAACAGAAAAACCAAAACAACUUAAUGAGAACCAUCACAUCCCCAGUCUGAGGCCAAAGUUCCUGAAGGUGCAGUUUUUGAAUGCUUAUAAAAAUCUUAUUGGACAGUACCUGUGAACCCCCCCUCAUUUUUGCACUAAUGCAAUCUUACCAAAUCAACUUUAAGCCAGAGAAUAAGAGAUAAUUAAAACCAAACUUGUAGUGGUUAGCUGCAUACUGUGCUCUUUUAUAUUGUAGAAAUGGACUUUAGCCUUUCCCAUUAAAACACAAGGCAAUUAAUCCAGACUGUUCUCCUUUUUAUCUUGUGUUUCCUAUCAUGUCAGUUACAGCAUAAUAGCAAAGUUCAAAUCAAUUACAGUCCAAAUAUGUCUAAAUAUCAAGCUAUAGACAGUGGAGCUGCACUGUGAGUUUCUCAGGACAUUAUCUUAAACAGAACAGCAGCCCAAAGAGUAGAGUGGGGGUCUCCAAGUCUAAGAGACAGAGGUUUACAAUGCAGUACAAUAAAAAAAACGGACUUGAACAGUUUCUUGUAAUUCAUCGCUGUUCAUCCAAACUGAAUCUGAUCCAAGUCUGAGACAUUGUGCAAAGCAAUCGACUUUUCUAACUGAUCAAGCUGAUCACAUUUCUGGAAAGAUACAUGAUAAAUUCUGUUUAGCCACUCCAGGUCAUAGACAUGUAAUCAUAAACAUGUAACUGACUCUGGUAAUAAUGUUACAGUGGAUGAGUUAGACUACCGCACCUUGAUGUGUGCUUUGGCCUUGUUGAGCAGUCCCAGUGUGGUGUGCCGACUGCAGUCUGGUCCCAGAGGGAUCAGUGACUUCAACCUCUCCAAACACAAGCGGAGAUGUGCUCGUCUAUGGGGGGGAAGGGACAAUGAGGAAGGGUUGUUUCCCCUCAUGACUUAAAGAACAUGCAGAAGUGUGCGACAUAAUAAAUAAUAUAUUACAGGAAACUUACAAACUAAUAUAUCAGCUUUCUCCCCAACAAUCCUAAUAGAGUUUAAUAUUCCCCUGAUAUUCAUUGGUAAUCAUUUAGACAAACAGUAAUUUGAUUCGCCCUGAUCUAUACAAGUGAUGCAAAUUGUCCUCAUUUUGGUAUCUGACCCAGUUAUCUCACUCCUUAGAAAUUGUAUAUGGAUCACUCUGCUCCUAGAUCCUGUCUCUGAUUCAACAAGGUUUCUGAGCUUGUGGUCAGAUGAAUGCAGGAAGGGACGCUCACUACUCCCUGAAAUAAUGGAGGAAAAUGUAGGUCAAGUUGUGAUGUCAUCCCCGCUCUCUGCAUUGGCCACCAUUUUGAAUUAAAAUGGUCCAACAUGAAGUAGGCCCUCCUCUCAAAGAUGCUGUUUUCCAGAUCAUCUCUUCACACCAAGAGUCUCCCACAUGCU